AUGGAGGACGACGGCCCGCUCCCGCGUAGCGCGUCGCGCUCGCUGUCCCUGGACCUCGCGCGCAUGUCCUCCUGGCACCUCGAGCAAGACGUGCUGGUCGUGGCCAGCCCGAAGGCCGCGGGCGACGAGCCGGGCGGCUGCCCGGGCGCGUCGCACCUGAGCGCCGAGGCGCUGGCCAUGAUCAGGGGGCAGGUCACUGCUGAGAGGAAGGAGCUGCUCUACUCCAACAGCCUCAGGAGGCGCAGCCUGGAGGGCGGCGCAAAGUGA